UCUGUGCACACCUCUGCUAAUGUCCACAUCCUGCUAAGAUUGUGCUUGCUGUCCUGCUGACGUGCUGUUUCACUGCUGCAGCUGCAACAACAUGGCUAAAAUGUUCCGUACCCUUACAGUCUUAAUCACUGCAUUCAGCAUAUUACAAGGUACAGGUACGACUGCUCAACCAACAACAACAGUUCAACAAGGUACGACUGCUCUACGAACAACAACAACAACAACAACAGUUGGAAAAGAUGUCACCACUGAAACGCACCAUCCAUCAAGCACAGCAUCUUUGUCCACCCGUGCUACCAUUGUGACUAAUUCUCAAAGCACAGCUUUGAAUGAAACACCUCCAACAAACAGCACAUCUCCUCAAACAAGUAUCCAUCUAACAACCACAUCUUCACAGUCACACACAUUGUCACAUGGCAAGAUCACCACCACUGACCAAAACAAUACGACUAUAGCUGUCAGUAACAGCAGUGGAACCACUGCUUUAAGGACCACCAAACUCACUACUGAAGAACACAAUGAGACAGCUGCUUCGACAGGAAAAUUGAACACAACCCCAAGUUCAGCUUCAAGUAAUGACAGAGACGACAGCUUGGCAAGAAACCCAGGCCUUGUGGCUAUCUUGUGCAUUUUCUUCAUCACUUUGGCCUUGGUGAUUGUGGUUGUGAUCGCUAAGAUGAUCCGCUGCAGUAAAACCUCGCAAUUUGAAAGGCUGGAUGACGUACCUAUGAACAAGGUGAACGAGGAAGCACCAUUUGCUCAAUACCCUCCAAAAUAGACAAGACUUUCAAGACUUUCAUGGUGUGGGCAACAGGCAUGACAGUGUAAAUGCAGACUGGAAAAUGGGUGGAGUUAUGGAUAGAGUCCAAAAUGUCCUGCUUCAUGGAAAACCUGUAGCGCAUUGUUAAUAUGUAGCAUAAUUACAUGUCACACAUGUUUCAAGAACUAGAAAUGAUAAAUACUUUAAAAAUCUGAA